AGAAGGACUGUAGUUGUAGAGAAAGUCACUUGUCUGUGGGGACAGAAUGGAGCACACCUUGCUCUGUUUGCUGCUAUUGCUGAGUACACACAUCUACUCUGGACACUCUGAAGACGAUGAUGGAAAGGCAAAGGCUGUUCUGACCAUAUACCCCACAUCCUCCCAGAUAUUCAGUGGAGAGUCUGUCACUCUCAGAUGUAACAUACAGAGGGGAGAAGUCACUGACUGGGAAUACACAUGGCGCAAGGAUGAUGUAGACACAAUCAAUAGGAAUCAUGAAUAUGAGAUCAGUGAGGUUAAGAUUUCAGACAAUGGGGACUACAGGUGUGUGGGUACACAUAUUGAUCAGAAGAAGCAUUCUGAGUGGAGUGAUGCAGUCAGACUUACGGUAACAGCUCUUCCUGAAACUACACUGACUAUAACACCAAACCCUGCAUACACUGGAGUGACAGUUUCUCUGACGUGUUCAGUGGGGUCUGACAGUGGCUGGAGCUUUACAUGGUACAAAGACAAAAAAAAGAAAGUAGUGACCUUGCCUAGCAGACACACUACAACAGGAGCCACCUUCACCAUCAGCACCUCCGCCCCGUUCAUCGGAGGCUCGGCUGUAUACCGUCCCACGGAUACUGGACUCCGCCGGUGCAGCGGUCCUGCAGUCUUUCUGUGGACUGCGGAACGGCAGCGUCCCGAGGAGCGCUUCCUGGGCCUGCACAAGACAUCUAGACCCUGGAACUCAUUCGUCAUUUCAGGGCCUCACCCUGAGAAUGUGUAG